AUGAUGUUGAGGAAAAUGGACAACAACAAAUCUCUUGGAGCUGAUGGUGCCAACGCAUGCUUUUUCAAGAAUUACUGGAAUAUUAUUGAAGAAGCAACUUGGAAUGCAAUUGAUGAGUUUUUCAAAUCAGGCAUGAUGCCUGAGCAAUGGAAGGAGACCAUGGUUGUGUUGAUUCUGAAAGUUCAAAAUGCUAAAGAAUGCUCCAAAUUCAGACCAAUUUGCCUAUGCCAAAUGGUCUACAAGCUAGCCGCCAGCAUGAUCCUCAACAUAAUCAAAAGUUGCCUCCCAAAAGUCAUAUCUCAAUAUCAAGGGGCAUUUGUUUCAGGAAGAAGCAUUUCAGAUAAUUGCCUUAUUGCUCGGGAAAUCACCAGAAAGAUGAAAUCGUUAGUGGUUAAACUGGGAUUUUUUCUCUUGAGGCUUGACAUGGAACAAGCAUAUGAUAGCAUGUGUUGGGAAACUCUAAACCAAGUAUUGAUGCUCGCCGGUUUUCCCGAGAAAUUGAUACAGUUGAUUAUGCAAUGUGUAUCUAAUCCAAAAUACUCUAUAAUGAUAAAUGGAAAAAGAACCAAUUGGAUCAAUGCUCGUUGUGGCUUCAGACAGGGAUGUCCUAUGUCGCCAAAUGAUGUUCUGGUUGUAGCUAAGGCCUAUAGUAAAAAUGUUAGAACUUUGAAGCACUUCCUCACAAAAUACUGUGGCAGGACAGGACAAGAAUAUGUGAAGGGAACUAAUGUUGACACUCAAUUGGCUAUUAUUGAAGGUGAAAGGAAUGAGAUGGUCUUAGAGGAUGGUGAAUUUGUUUUUAUGGGUCAUUAUUUUCCUCCUAAAUGUUUUAAAGAACUUGUUAUGAAGGCUACUGAUAAUCUGGAGUAUGAUG